CCAGAGCAGCAGCUGGGUCAGCGGUGACGGGAGCGCGGGCCACCUUUCCCCUGAGGGUUUCAGAAUGGACCUGUGCCACCCAGACACGGAGCUGAGCAGCGGGGAGGCCGAGGAGCUGCAGCGCAUUAAGUGGCACCGGAAGCAACUUCUGGAGGACAUCCAGAAGCUGAAGGAUGAGAUUGCCGAUGUGUUUGCCCAAAUCGACUGCUUCGAGAGCGCGGAAGAGAGCCGGAUGGCCCAGAAGGAGAAGGAGCUAUGCAUCGGGCGCAAGAAGUUCAACAUGGACCCCACAAAGGGCAUCCAGUAUCUCACUGAGCACAAGCUGCUAACCCCCGACGUCCAGGACAUCGCCCGGUUCCUGUACAAGGGCGAGGGCCUCAACAAGACAGCCAUCGGCACCUACCUGGGGGAGAGGGACCCCGUCAACCUGCAGGUCCUCCAGGCCUUCGUAGACUGCCACGAGUUCGCCAACCUCAACCUCGUCCAGGCCCUCAGACAGUUCCUGUGGAGUUUCCGGCUGCCGGGCGAGGCCCAGAAAAUCGACCGCAUGAUGGAGACCUUCGCCACCCGAUACUGCCUCUGCAACCCCGGCGUCUUCCAGUCCACAGACACCUGCUACGUGCUGUCCUUCUCCGUCAUCAUGCUCAACACCAGCCUUCACAACCCCAACGUCCGGGACAAGCCGCCGUUCGAGCGCUUCGUGUCCAUGAACCGCGGCAUCAACAACGGCAGCGACCUGCCGGAGGAGCAGCUCCGGAACCUCUUCGACAGCAUCAAGAGCGAGCCCUUCUCCAUCCCCGAGGACGACGGCAACGACCUCACACAUACCUUCUUCAACCCCGACCGUGAGGGCUGGCUGCUCAAGCUGG